AAGAAAACUUCGGAAAUCAUCAGUCCCUCCAUGAGUUGCUUGCAUCUUUUCAUCAUGGGUAAGUAAUGAUAGAAUGUUUAAACCGUUUUCGGAACUGUAGCGUCAGAGAAGAGUAUGGAGAUCGUCGGAGUGCGAGGUGGAGCGGAAGCCGUUGUGAACUUGCUUGGCUUUGAAAUCACGGUUUUUGAUGAGAAAAUACAUGAUUUAUUGACGGACUUGAAUUGCACUAAAGAGUCUGUGGGUAGCCUCGUCAAUAUCUCAAUAACAACAUCUUCUGUUAGAUCAUUGAAUCUUGCCAUUCUUCGCAAGUUUGAUCAAAACAUCCCUGUCCAGUUGCAACAGCACCUGAAUACAGCUUAUAGGCACGCCAAGAUCAACUUCUGCGCCAUGCUCUCAUCACCUCCGUCUCGGAGAAUAUUACCCCAUACAUUGCUGCUGCUGCUACAGCCCAACAGGCGUGGGAAACCUUGGCCAAACUCUAUGCCAAUCGUUCCCGCACUUGGAAUUAGAGAAAUUGCUGCGUCUCUCCGAGCUCACGAUUCAUCUCUUUCCUUUGAUGAUUUGCAUGACCGACUUGUUGCUCAUGAAGAGAGCCUUCAUAGGGAAGACAAUCGAGUUGAUUUAACUCCAGCAACUGCUCACUUUGCUGCUGCCCCGAUGGCACCUCGCUCUGGUAUGCAUUCUUCCUUUUUUAUGGGUACCGGCGCCUCACAAAAUAAGAACUCUGUUUUUUUGCAGCCACCAAACCGUGGCAACAGGGGUGUCCAAAACUCCACCAACAGGAACUAUGGGAAUCGGAAGCGUGGCUUUGGACCCAGAUUCAAUAACAUACCUGGUAAUUUCGCGUGUCAGCUCUGUGGCCACACUGGGCACUUUGCCAAAAAUUGUCCAAAUUAUCGUGUGCAAGCCGUCAGUCUAAUGGCAAAUAUUGCAUCUUCCUCGGUCGCCUUCUCUGAUGACUGUCUCUUGGAUUCUGGGGCCAACAAUCAUGUUACUACUGACUUGACCAACUUAGCACUUCAUUCUGAAUACAAUGGACCUGAUGAACUACAAAUUGGCGAUGGUACAGGUUUGAAAAUCACCUAUGUGGGGCACUCCACGCUAUCCACUCCCACUUCUUCUUUACCUUUACGCAAUAUGGUCCAGGUAGUGUCCUCUCCGUUGCCCAAUGUCGCUACUGCCCCAUCUAUUCCCUCUACACCUGCUAUCCCGAAUGCUCCUCCUCCCCUUCAACCGUCCGUCCUUCACCCUACAUGCCCCACAUCUUCUCCCACUUUAGCACAUGGGCCCUCCAACUCCUCAUCCCUAGCUCACCUUCCUUCGGCAACCUCUCAUGCCACUUCAUCCCAUACCGCCUCCCCAUCUUCCAUAAACCGUGACAUUGAACCCACAUGUGUGACUCAAGCCCUUAAAGAUCCCAGUUGGCGACAGGCCAUGUCUGAUGAAUUUAGUGCUCUGGUUCGGCAAGGUACGUGGCAACUGGUUCCACCUGCCCCUACACAGCAUUUGAUUGGUUGCAAGUGGGUAUUUCGUUUAAAGAGGACUAAAAAUGGUACCAUUGAUCGCCAUAAAGCUCGCCUUGUGGCUAAAGGCUUUCAUCAACGCCCAGAACAAUUAUUCAUGAAACAACCCGCUGGGUUUGUGGAUCCUAAUUUUCCUGAUCAUGUAUGUAGGCUCCGGAAAUCCAUUUAUGGCCUUAAACAAGCUCCUCGGGCUUGGUUUCAAGAGCUUAAGGACUUCAUCUUGUCGCAGGGCUUUACACACUCCCGAUCAGAUACUUCGCUUUUUAUUUAUCACACAGCCUCUACUUGGAUCUAUUUUCUGGUGUACGUAGAUGAUAUUAUCAUUACUAGCAGUGACUCUACUGCCAUUCAUUCCCUGGUUCGUGUCAUGGGGGAUCGGUUUUCCAUCAAGGAUUUGGGCCACCUCAAUUUUUUUCUUGGCGUCGAGGCGAUUCCCACCAGUGGUGGUCUGUUCCUGUCGCAGCAUCGGUAUAUUUCUGAUCUCUUACAUCGUUUUCACAUGCAGGAUGCCAAGCCUGUCUCCACCCCUCUCGCCUCUACAUGCACUCUUCACCUUCACUCUGGCAAUCCUCUACCCGAUGGGUCUGAAUAUCUGCAGCUUCUGGGCUCCUUGCAAUAUCUGGCCAUGAUGCGUCCUGAACUUUCUUUCGCCGUCAAUUGGCUGUCUCAGUUCAUGCAUCAACCUACCAUUGUCCAUUGGCAGGCUGCUAAGCGGGUGUUGCGUUAUUUGCGGGGUACAUGCUUCCAUGGGCUUUUGCUCCGCCCUCAACCAUCAUUGUCUCUCCAUGCUUUUUCGGACGCCGACUGGGCCGGUGAUCGUAGCUCAUUUGUUAGCACCACUGGCUAUUUGGUUUUUUUGGGUUCCAAUCCCAUUUCCUGGCGUGCUGCCAAACAAAAAGCAGUUGCCAGAAGCUCUACCGAGGCUGAGUACAGGGCGCUUGCAGCUACUGCUUCUGAAGUGAUCUGGAUCAGUCACUUGCUCUCAGAAUUGGGUGUUUCUCCUCCGGCUUCCCCUGCCAUUUUCUGUGAUAAUGUGGGUGCUACCUACCUGAGCUUGAAUACCGUCAUGCACUCUCGCAUGAAACACAUUGCCAUUGAUCUUCAUUUCGUGCGAGACUUGGUUGAUAAACGGCUUUUGCAUGUCUCCCAUAUCUCCUCUCAUGAUCAACUGGCCGAUGGUCUCACCAAAUCUCUCUCAACAGCUAGCCUCUUCUGGUGGAGCAAGAAUGUCGAAAAACAAACGUAUGGCGAUCUUUCAUUUGCAGUGAUGCAAGCCAAUGAGGAUAUGGAGGAUAACAGCCUGGUUGAGAUUGGAUGGGUGGGAACCUUUGUUGGAGUUUAUGAUGGGCAUGGUGGUCCAGACACGUCGCUAUAUAUUACUGACAAUCUCAUUAAGAAUUUGACGAGGCUUGCUAAGGAAGGAAGAACAAUUUCUGAAGAUAUUGUUAAAAAUGCUGUUAUUGAAACUGAAAACGGAUUUCUCAAUCUUGUACGUCAAAGUUAUACUACAAAUCCAGAAAUUGUAGCAGUUGGGUCUUGCUGUCUGGUUGGAGUUAUAUGGAAAGGAACACUGUAUGUUGCAAAUGUGGGGAAUUCUCGAGCUGUAAUAGGUUCUUUGGAUAGAACAGGGAAGCUGGUUGCUGAGCAGUUGACUAUAGAUCACGAUGUAAAUUUUUGGGAGAUCAGAAAAGAAGUUGAGUCCUCACAUCCAGAUGAUCCAGAUAUUUUAGUCGAGAAAUAUGGAACAUGGAGUAUUAAAGGCAGGCUUGAGGUUUCUAGAGCUAAUGGUCAUGCGAACAUGAAGGCACUGGAGCACCCUAUCCCCCGACUCUCUCCUCGACCUCUUCUAACAGCAGAACCAUCAACCCUUACAAGGGUUUUGCAAACCAGUGAUAAGUUUCUCAUUUUUCCAUCUGAUGGGCUUUGGGAAUUUUUGACGAAGGAGCAGGCUGUUCGUAUUGUGAAUAAAUACCCACACAAAGAAAUUGCAAACAGACUUAUCAAAACAGCUUUAAUGAAGGCAGCUAAGAAGAGGCAGAGGAGCUUUGAUUAUCUUAUGCAUGUUCCAAAAGGCCAGGAGAGGAGGUAUUUCCAUGGUGAUCUCACAGUUGUUGUCAUCUUCAUAGAACCUGAAUUGCUGGAAAAUGAGGGCGAUUACCAAUCAGCACAAGUUGCUGUUCGUGGAUUUAGUGAUGAAACUUCAGUAUCAUCGUUUAACAAUGAAUUAGCUGGUAGAUCCCUCCUUGUCUACCAUUUGAAAGGACAGGUUCAAGUUCAAGUUCCAAUCCACAAGCUGCCAAAAUGAGACCAACUACAAGUCCACCGAUUGAAGAGACUGGGUUAGGGAUGAGGCAACCAUGCAUCUUCCAAAGAUUGGUUCAGCAAGCCUUUUUUUCAUUUUUGUGAGCGCCAAGUAUUGUUUUCUUCGGAUUUUAUUUUUAUUUUUUUACAUUAACCGACUAUCCCUGCAUAAAAUAGUGAGGCUUCU